AUGGGUGGCAAUGGAACUUCACCUUGUGCUUCUUGCAAGUUGCUCCGUCGUCGAUGUGCCAAAGACUGCAUUUUUGCUCCUUACUUUCCUUCCGACGACCCCCACAAGUUUGCCAUCGUUCAUAAAGUUUUUGGAGCUAGCAAUGUCAGCAAAAUGUUACAGGAGCUUCCAAUGCACCAAAGAGCAGAUGCAGUGAGCAGUCUAGUGUAUGAAGCAAAUGCAAGGAUGAGGGAUCCAGUGUACGGAUGUGUGGGUGCCAUAUCGUUCCUGCAAAACCAGGUUUCGCAGCUGCAAAUGCAACUAGCAGUAGCUCAGGCAGAGAUACUAUGCAUCCAAAUGCAGCCAGAAUCAAACAACAUAACAACCCCAGUACAUCAGAACAACUACGAGGCAGACGACAAGUCAUUCCUCUUCCACAACAAUCUUUCCCAACACCAGUACAUCAAUUUUCCGUCCUCAAGUGAUCACCAUGUAAUUCAAGACUCUCUUAAAAGGGAGUCUUUCUUUGGACAUGACAUGGUUUCAUAACUAUGACAUUAUUAUAAUAUAUGGCAUCCAUGUUUUUGCCCUUUUUCUACACAAUUCUAUUUUUGAUAUCCUUAUUCUUUAUUAUUAGCAUUAUUUUCUCCAUGAAAAGAAAUCACUCCAGAAGGAUUGAACCAAGGAGGGUCCUAUAGCUUACCCUAGUAAAACCCCAUAAAAAAAAAAAUCUUUUAGGGUUUUCAAAUUUAAUGCCUUUUUCUUGCUCUUGCAAAUAAAAUAAACAAUAGAAAUUGUCUAAAAGACAAAAGGUUGUACGGCCAAAAAAAAAAAAAAAAAAAAAA